CGGGGGCCGGCACCGGCCCGUCCUGCUUUGCCGACAUCCGCACGUUCCUGGUGGCGGAGUGUUUGCUGAUGCUGAUCCAGGGCAUCAGCGGCGCCUACCUGGUUAGUAUUCUGACAACCCUGGAACGGCGAUUUGACCUGCAAAGCACAGAACUAGGAGUAAUCGCAAGUAGCUUUGAGAUCGGAAACCUUAUGAUAAUUUUGUUGGUGAGCUACUUUGGUGGCAAGGGACACCGACCACGGCUGAUAGGCUGUGGUGGGAUCAUAAUGGCCAUUGGGUCUUUGUUUUGUGCGUUGCCUGAAUUCCUAAGCCAUCAAUAUCAAUACAAGAAGGUGGAUACAUCAGUACUAAAAGACACCUGCUCUGCAAAUCUGUCCUUGGAGGAAGUGCAAAUGUCAAUAGAGAAGAAUCUGAAAAGCUGCGCGGAAACAGAGACAACAAACAUGAUGUACGUGUUAGUGAUUGUGGCUCAGGUUAUAAUUGGGGCCGGUGCAACUCCCAUUCAGCCACUGGGCGUCUCUUACAUUGAUGACCAUGUACGGAAAAGGGAUUCCUCACUUUACAUAGGUGUGCUGUUCACCACCAUGCUGUUUGGCCCUGCUUUUGGGUUUAUGCUGGGCUCCUUGUUUACAACGAUUUACGUGGAUGCUAUCUUCAUUGACGUCACAAAAUUGGACAUCACCCAAGAUGAUCCUCGGUGGAUUGGCGCUUGGUGGGCUGGCUUCCUGCUGUGUGCUGGUCUUCUCUUCUUCUCAUCCCUCUUCAUGUUCGGGUUUCCCCAGGCCAUGCCUAAAAGGCAACACACAUUGAGUAAGAGCGUCCAGCAGCCCAUGCUCCCAAAUAAAAGCCAGAAGGAGCAGCCAAAACCAGCCCCAGACGACAAAACGAAAAAAGAAUGUAAACAAACCAGCGAAGCAACAUGCACUCAAUAUCUGAGAGGAAUACCGCAAGUAACCAAACAGCUUCUGACGAAUCCAGUCUUCACCUGUGUGGUGUUGUCUGCCUGCAUGGAGGUUGCAGCUAUAAGUGGGUUUGCUGCCUUCUUGGGCAAGUACUUGGAAAGGCAGUUUGGUCUUAGCGCAUCGUAUGCCAACCAGUUCAUAGGAGUCACAGCUGUUCCUUGUGUGUGCCUCGGAAUUUUUCUGGGUGGCUUUGUGCUGAAGAAGAUGAGCCUCACUCCACUGGGAGCCAUUAAAAUGACCAUGACUGUAAACCUGCUAUCGACCACCACAUAUGUUUUGCUGCUGUUCCUGGGUUGUGACACAGGGCCAGUAGCUGGUGCAACAAUCGGCUACAUGAAUGGUUCUUUUGAUGGGCUCAAAAGGAAUCUGACUGUACAAUGCAAUGAGGAUUGUGGGUGUACAAAGAACACCUUCAACCCAGUCUGCGGAUCCGAUGGCAUCACCUAUCUGUCUCCAUGCUUUGCGGGAUGCACUGACAAGACUCUCAGCAACUGCGCCUGUAUCAGCACGGAGUUUGGUCAGAACGCCACGGCUGUGGCAGGGCGAUGCCCCCGGACCAACUGUGAGCUCACCUUCCCGGCUUUCUUUGCGGUUGUUUGCGUUGGCAGCCUGAUCGGUGCCAUGGCUCAGACGCCAUCCGUCAUGAUACUCAUCAGGUCGGUGAAUCCUGAGAAUAAAUCGUACGCCCUUGGUGUCCAGUUCCUCAUGCUCAGAUUACUUGGUUUUAUCCCACCACCACUCAUCUUUGGGGCUGCGAUUGACUCCACCUGUCUCGUCUGGUCUGAAACCUGCAAUAAAAGUGGAGCAUGUGCAGUAUAUGACAAUGACUCAUACAGAUAUCUUUACGCUACGACUUCAAAACAUCUCUGUGAAUGAAGUGACACCUCCAAGCAAAGGCAAAGAGACAGAAUUACAAUACUCCUUUGGGACACAAUGAGAACCUUCAAGCAAAGACACAGUGGUGGGAAGAUCUAUCUUAAACUACUACAGAAAUGUAUUUCCUCCUGACAUCUGCACCCAACUGAACAUUUAUGGAAUAACCUGUACAAAGAAGUAAUAGUUCAGUUAUACAAGAA